UUGGCGAGCGCUCGUCGGCGGUACAGCAGGGCUGCUGGGGAACUCCCUUCGCACUCGCUGCCACUAGUCGCCUUAGUAGGUACUUACCCACCGUAUAGUAUGACGACUGACUACGGCAGUCAUUAAACAGCAACUCGGAGGCAGAGUUGAGCCACUACCGAGGUCGCGGAGCUGCUUGACUGUAGUACCUAACUAUUAAGCACACUACUCGGCCAGUCAGUUGGGUGACAAUGCUGCUCGAGAGAGGAUCGGUUCUAUAGCACGCGAGAUUUAAACCGUUCGAAACGGACCAAAGUGUGAAAUUUGGAUAUCAUGCGCGAAGACAGUCGAAAUAGAGCUUAUAAUUUGCAUCCGCUUUCACCCGGAGGAGGGUGGUGCCGAAUCUGACGAUUUUUAACAAGCAGCAGCUGAUUGCGGUGGGUGGGUGCGUGUGUGUGUCUGGUGCUGCGGUCAUAGUGCGCGAUUCGAAAAAAAUAUAACUUUUUAUCGCACGUCGUUUUUUUUGGAGGUUUGCUUCGCGACAGCGACUGUGGAGGUCGGAGCGCGUGUGAAAUAUAGUGCCAUAUUUUGUUGUUGAUAUGUGCGGAAAGCGGACGACGAUUGCGGUUUGGUGGUCGCUGCUGGCGUGGAUGCUGCAGCUGUCGAUUAUCCAAUUGGGUCAAGCGCAGCGAAUAAUUGGUGAGAAAUUUCCGCAGUCCGGUGAUCGCGUCUACGAGCCGAAGAUCUCCGACUUGUACAUGACCGUAAAUGCGCGCUACCGAACUUUGGAGCUGACCUGGAGGAAUUUCAACGACCCAACCGGGUUCAUUGUGUUGACGGAGCAUUAUCCUAUUAGAGCGUUUGAGCAGAAGCUCUACUACGUUACGUACGAUGAUUUACAGACGACGACGACGGCGGCAGCACAACCAAGCAGUACACCCCGGAGCAGUAAUGGGUUCGGAGAAGACGACACCGGCAGUGGGAGUGAGGAUUUAGCAAAUGGAAUGGAAUCAAUGAUGACGACGACGACGACGACGAUGGUGACGGAACAACCGGCAGUGUCCACUACGCCGAUGGUCGAGGUGGGAUGGGAGUACGACCAUUGGGAUGAGUACGGCGAACGUAAGAAGCCGGUGCUGUUCUCCAUUCAGCCGAUGUACGUUAACGGAUGGACUGCCACCGACAUAAUCUACAACCGCGAGUGGUUGGAUCAGGCCGACAUCACGACCAGCUGCUACGGGUACUACGCGUACUUCAUCAACGCGAACGGCACCAUUCUGUCUGAGCACUGCAUGAAGCUGUACCCCACCUGGAUGAACGAUUUGCGGUCGCACGUAGGACAAUUUCGCAUGAGGGAGCUGUUCAUACCGGGGACGCACGAUUCCGCUUCGUACAAGAAGAGUUCCAACUACCAGGAGAAUAUCGUUACAAAGUACUCACUCACGCAAGAUGACGACAUCCGGAAGCAGCUGUUGCAAGGGGUCCGGUACAUUGACCUUCGAGUAGGUUACUACAAAGUGUCCAAUCCACAAUUCUGGGCCAAUCAUGGCAUUACAAGACUGCAUCCCCUGAAGCAGAUUCUCAGUCAAGUUCGAGAUUACGCUUUGGAGACGAACGAGAUCAUUAUCCUGGACGUUCAGGAAUUCCCCGUAGGAUUCGGCAAACAGUACGACGUCCACGAUAAGUUGAUCAGACUGUUAAACGAAACCCUGCACGACGUUAUGGCAGAUCCGUCCAUCUCCUGGGACGGACGACUCUCGGAAAUCUGGGCGGGUAACAAAACCGUAAUCCUCUGCUACGAUCACGAAUACGCCAUACGAUCGUACCCGCACGUAGUGUGGCGAUCGGUCGAACAGAAGUGGGGAGACGUCCAAUCGCUGGAAGAACUUAAAUCCUUCCUCUUCAAAGUCCACUCACCGUACUACUUCAGGUUCUCGAACCGCCCGGUAGCGGACAUGGCCGAACUCACCCCGGACCCCUGGGGAAUCAUAACCGAUCGGUACGGAGGACUGCGGAAGAUGGCCGACUCCGUCAACCGUUUCGUUACCAAGUGGUACUUCGAAGAGCUAGGGCCCAUGGCCAACGUUGUGGCAGUGGAUUUCAUUCGGGGUACUAACAUUAUCGACGCUGCCAUUUAUUGGAACCAGAAGAGGGUUCCCAGUGGAAAAUAAAUCUCUGACCUGUUUCAAAAGCC